CUCUGCGCUUUACGUGCAGUCGUGACGCUAAUCUCGCGUGAUGAGACUUGUGGCGGGAUUUCCUGUGUGACAGGAGGCUGGGAUCCUGCAGCUAUUUAUAUCUAUGAUAUGAAAUAAGAAUUGGAUAAAAAUGACAGCCAUCAAGCACGCUCUGCAAAGGGAUAUUUUUACUCCUAAUGAUGAACGGCUGCUGAGUAUUGUAAAUGUGUGCAAGGCAGGAAAGAAAAAGAAAAACUGCUUCCUGUGUGCUACAGUAACGACAGAACGUCCUGUGCAUGUAAAAGUGGUGAAAGUGAAGAAAUCUGAUAAAGGAGAUUUCUAUAAAACGCAAACAGUCUGGCUGCUUCGAGACCUUGCUGUUGUUGAUGCUAAAGAUGCCGUUAAGGAAAACCCUGAUUUUGAUUUGCAUUUUGACAAAGUGUACAAAUGGGUAGCAAGCAGCAUUGCUGAGAAGAAUGCAUUCAUUUCUUGCCUCUGGAAGCUGAAUCAAAGAUAUCUGCGGAAGAAAAUUGACUUUGCCAAUGUAAGCUCCCAGCUAUUGGAAGAAUCUGUCCCUAGUGGGGAAAACCAGAGUGUGACUGGGGGAGAUGAAGAAGCAGCAGCUGAGUACCAGGAGCUAAAUGCCAGAGAGAAGCAAGACAUUGAGAUUAUGAUGGAGGGCUGUGAAUAUGCCAUCUCCAAUGCAGAGGCUUUUGCAGAGAAAUUAUCCAGAGAGCUUCAGGUUUUGGAUGGGGCAAAUAUACAGUCAAUAAUGGCUUCAGAAAAACAAGUCAAUAUCCUCAUGCAGCUGCUGGAUGAAGCCCUUAAGGAGGUGGAUCAGAUUGAAGGGAAACUGAGCAGCUAUGAGGAAAUGCUACAGAGUGUGAAGGAACAAAUGGAUCAGAUCUCUGAGAGUAACCAUCUUAUUGAGCUCAGCAAGACCAACAGUGACACUCUCCUGAGUGAGAUUGAAUUCCUUGUUAACCACAUGGAUUUAUCUAAAGGCCACAUUAAAGCUCUCCAAGAAGCAGAUCUUUCUUCAUCUCGAGGGAUUGAGGCUUGUACUAACGCAGCAGAGGCUCUCUUACAGUGUAUGAAUGUGACUCUUCAUCCUGGACACAAAAUGCUUCAGGCUGUUCAGCAGCAACAGCAGCUUUUCAGUGACCUACGGGAACAGUUUGCACGGAGACUGGCCAGCCACUUGAAUAAUGUCUUUGUCCAGCAGGGUCAUGAUCAAAGUUCCACUCUUUCUGCUGAAAUGACUUUACCAAAUCACCAUCCUUUUCACCGGGACCUGCUACGUUAUGCCAAGUUAAUGGAGUGGCUGAAAAAUACAGAGUAUGUUCGAUAUGAGGGACUCACAAAGAAUUACAUGGAUUACAUUGUACGACUGUAUGAGAGAGAAAUCAGAGACUUUUUUGAGGUGGCCCGAAACAAAAUGACUGGAGCAACUAAGGAGGGGAAGAAGUUUGCUACGCUACCUCGAAAGGAAACUGCUGUCAAACAAGAAACAGAGAGUCUCCAUGGAAGUUCUGGGAAAUUAACAGGAUCCACAUCAAGUCUCAAUAAGCUAUCUGUCCAGAGCACUGGGAGCCGCAGGUCUCAGUCUUCAUCGCUGCUGGACAUGGGCAACAUGUCUGCUUCUGACCUGGAUGUAGCCGAUAGAACUAAAUUUGAUAAGAUCUUUGAACAGGUAUUAAGUGAACUGGAGCCACUAUGUCUGGCAGAACAAGACUUCAUCAGUAAAUUCUUUAACCUUUCUCAGCACCAGAAUAUGUCUAGAACUCCAAUGGGCGAAACAGACGAGUCAGAUGGAGGAGUUUCCUCUCGAACCCAAAACACCGGAGCACAGUCAGAAAAAGAAAUGAUUAGACAGAUGAUGAAUUACAUUUUCCGCUGCAUUGAGCCUGAACUGAACAGCCUUAUUGCCUUAGGUGACAAGAUCGACAGCUUUAAUUCAUUGUACAUGCUGGUUAAAAUGAGCCACCAUGUAUGGACUGCAGAGAAUGUAGACUCAGCCUCUUUUCUCAGCACUACAUUAGGCAAUGUCCUUGUCACCGUGAAGCGGAACUUUGAUAAGUGCAUAAUUAAUCAGAUCAAGCAAAUGGAGGAAGUAAAGGUUUCGAAGAAAAGCAAAGUUGGCAUCCUUCCAUUCGUUUCAGGGUUUGAGGAAUUUGCUGAGCUUGCAGAAUCAAUCUUUCGAGUAGCAGAGAGACGGGGAGACCUGGAUAAAGCUUACACAAAACUUAUCAAGGGUGUUUUUAUAAAUGUUGAGAAAGUAGCUAAUGAAAGCCAGAAGACGCCUAGGGACGUGGUCAUGAUGGAAAACUUCCACCAUAUUUUUGCCACCCUUUCUCGAUUAAAGAUAUCAUGUCUGGAAGCAGAGAAGAGAGAAGCUAAACAGAAAUAUGGUGACCACUUGCAGUCAUACGUCAUAGUUUCUCUUGGACAUCCACUGGAAAAACUAAAUAUUUUCUUUGAAGGUGUCAAAGCUCGAGUUGCCCAGGGUAUUGGGUAUGAUGAAGUGAGCUACCAGUUAGCAUUCAGUAAGCAAGAGCUUCGAAAAGUCAUAAAGGAUUAUCCAGGCAAGGAAGUAAAGAAAGGGCUGGAGAACUUGUACCGAAAGGUUGACAAACAUCUCUGUGAAGAGGAGAACUUGCUACAGGUGGUGUGGCAUUCCAUGCAGGAUGAAUUUAUCCGCCAGUACAAGCACUUUGAAGGUCUGAUUGAGAAAUGCUACACAGGAGUUGGAAUCACUAUGGAGUUUUCAAUUCAAGAAAUCCUGGAAUAUUUUUCUAGUAUUGCACAGUCCCAUUAGUGGCAGUUUUGCCAAACAUGUUACAUUGAACUGCACUUUAUGUACUGUUUGUCUAAACAAACAGCUGAAGGCAAUGAAUUAAGCUUUGCUGAUCUUAUUCAGGGCUGUGCUCCUUCAGUGACCGAUCCAACUGCAGCUGUUCAGUUGUGAACUUAUGUAGACUAUACUGCUCUUUUAACCUCAGUAUUUUUCUGUGUAGCUGAAGGUGGUAUACUGUACUGUAAUGAGCACUGGAAAGGACUGCACAGGUUCUAUUUCCUUUACAGAAAAGACACUGCAUUAUAACUGCCUUACUACUUCUAAAAUUCUUCUACAUGUCUCCAGUUUUAGGGCAUUGAAAAAAAUCUGAAUUUUGGAGAAAGAAUCUGAAUAUUUUUUAAGAUUCUGAAUGACUGAGCCAAGCCCUCCUAAAAGAGUAGUUCACCAUAAAAUGGACAAAUGGACUAAUUUUCAAUUGGUCUUUAUUUUUGUUUUGCAUAGUUUUUGAAUUAUUUGUGGCUUUCUUAUUUCUGACUUUAAAAUGGGAGUCACUGACCUGGCAGCCAAAAAACUAUUGCUCAUUGAGGCCACAAUUUUAUUAUGUUAUUUUUACUUGUUAAUUAUCUUUCUAUGUAAGUCCUCUUCUAUUCAUUCUCUCAUUUAAGCUACUGCCUAGUUGCUAGGGUAAUUUAGAACCUAUCAACCAGAAAGGUGCUGAAAUUCCAAACUGGAUAGUUGCUGAACAAAAAGCUAAAUAAUAACUCAAACACCACAAAUAAAAUAACAAUGAAGACCAGAUGCAGAUUGUCUCAGAAUAUCACUCUGUACAUCAUACUAAAAGUUCAUUUUAAGGUGAACAAUCCAUUUAAAUAAGGUGUUAUGUUUAGUUCCCUAGUCUUGUUUAUAUUAUAUUUACUGCAUGUAUGUCAAGGCAAAAGCCACUGUAAAUAAUAAUUAAUUUUGUAUUAGAGCAGUUUUGUCCUACCAUUUCCCAUAAAGUGGGACAAUUAUCUAAAUUAACCCAUAUUUGCAGGCCAGAUCAUAUUAAUGAUUAUAUGCCAUUAAAGAAAUAUUCUGCAGCCCUUGUGCUGUUUUCCUGCCGUUUACGAUCGUUCGGAUAUGAAAAUUUCGUGACUUUCGGAUCACCAUAUUAUCGUGACUAUUGUGAUUUCUUCGUAAGCAUAUUCGUGGUAUUUCCGAUCAUCAGAAAUUAUCGUAUUUAAUCUGAAUUUUACCCAUUUCGGGAUUCUAACUUGUACUUUGAUGAAUGUGCCCCUAUGUUUAGCUAAAUAUUUAUAGGUGAAUACGUAUAAUAUAAAUCAUUAUAGGAAAAAGCAUUUUGUGCUACCCGUAGCACUUACUCGUUGGCAGACCCUCACAUCACAUUACAGAAACCUUAUAAAUAUUUUAAAGUUCUAAUCAAUGAGGAAACUGAAUGGAUCGGAAGCCAUUUUGAAUUCCUGAAUUGGCCAAUCUGAAAAAAAACUCAGUUAACCAAUCCAGAGUACCUGUCUAGUUACCCCUAGCAACCAAUCAUUGUUUUCAUUCUUUAAACAUUAAAUACAUUGUUCAGUCA